UUGAUUGUUCCAACCGGCUCCGAGGUUUACGUGGUAGGGUAUCUGUGUUGUUUGUUGUCGGGGGGAGGGGAGCGCAUUAUCGCCGCCAAGAUUAUACCGGGGGAAGGGUAUCGAGGGGGAACUAUCAGGAGCCGGGCACUGGCCCCUCCGGACUUCCGCCCUCGGGACCCCUCACCGCCACCCAGGGGCUUUCGACAAAAGGAAAAAACAUUGUGGGGAGGGACCGAUUUUACGAGGGAAAUUUUUACGAGUUGCAAAAAAAAUAGGGUGGGGACUGCGGUGUGUACAGCUGGCCGGGAGUUAAUGAGGCUGAACGAUCGGAAACUAACAAAUCUACAUUGCACCCAACAAGGGGCUCCGAGAUCGCGGGGUGGACGUUUGAAAAAAAAAAAAAACGUAACCCCCUGGCUAGCCACCCCAACUUGUACAAGGGUGGGGAGCUUCCGGGGUCGUAAAAGCAAAAGAUUUCCCAGGUUUUCAAACAAAACACAAAAUGCGUUGGGUUAUCGGUGUUAUUAG